UUAUGCUGUGUCCGUCUCUAGGGUUAAAUCGAGAGCACAGAGCUUCAAAGCCGACCACCUAACAAUAAGAAGAGGAAGAGAACCUCAACGCUACCCCUCAAAACUUCGUAGGUGCAAGGUUCCUUAUGUAGCUUUUCCCAUACUAUUCUUCUUUUAGCCAUAGGAGUUCUUGGCAUGGUUCGAAGUUGUGGAUGCUGUAUAAUGGACACAUGGUGUAACUGGCAUUAUGCAACAGUAUCGGAAACCACGGUUGUCAAAUUUUCUUGACAUUGAAUAUCAUCAGAUAUGCCGACUUGGAAGAGACAUGGCCGAGUUGCUAGGGACUCAGCCAGUCUGAUGGGAUUCUAAUUCCCACCGAUAUAUGUUGAUUGUAUUGGACUUAGACUUGGUUGAUACGUGAAGACCAGUGGAUACGUAGAGCAUGGUUCUUGGAUAAAAAAUAACCUUGUCCCUGUUUGUUGAGGAAGGCAGCUUCUUAACUCUUUUAAUGGAGGAUACAGAAAAGUCCCUUCAACCGUCAAAGAAGAGGGCUGCAGGAAGGCAACUAUCUCGAGAUAACCCGGGUCUUGAUGAUGAGGAAGAGACCUCUGAACAAGAGACUGGAACAUUCAAGAAAGCAAGUGAUGAGGUGCUGGCAAGUAGAAGAAUUCUCAAAGUUCGUCGCCAUCAAACAUCGUCAGCCCCUUCUUCCAAUCCUUUUGCCGGGAUCCGCUUGGUCCCUUCUACCGUUUCCAGUGCUCCUCCAUCUGAAGUUGUUACUGAAGCAGAGAGUGGGAAAACAAAUUCAGAAGAUGUAGAUGGGAAAAAGGAUGGGGAGAAGGAAAUUGAGAAGGAAAAAAUUGAAAAUAAUCAGCUGUCAGAAGAGAAGGUUGAUGAGGUAGUGGCUGAAUCUACUGGAGAUGAGGAGAAAGUGGGUUCAGUUAAUGAGGCAACCAAAGCUGAAUCGGCAGAUGAGAAGGCAACAGAAGGUGAUAAAACUGAGAAUGGAGACAACAAAGUUGCCGAAGGGGAGGAAACUGAGAACGAAGACAAGAAAGAUGAUGGCAAUGAAAAUACAGAAAAAGCUGCUGAAGCUGCAUCAUUGAGCUCAUUUCAACAGCUUUCAAGCAGCCAAAAUGCCUUCACAGGGCUUGCUGGAACAGGAUUUUCCAAUUCUACAUUUGCGUUUGGGUCAAUUCUGAAAGAUGGGCCUCAACUAGGUUUCAGUUCAGGCUCUCUUUCUGGACUGAAAAGUGACCAGCCUUCUUUUGGUUUUGGACUCUCUAGUAAUGGAAGUUCUUCUCUUUUUGGCACGUCAGGUACAUCCAUUGGUACUAAGAGCGAGGGAAGUGGUUUUGUGUCUAUGCAGGAGGUUCCUGUUGAGACGGGGGAGGAGAACGAGAAGGCAGCUUUCACGGCUGAUUCUGUGCUGUUUGAGUUCUUUGAUGGAGGGUGGAAGGAGCGAGGGAAGGGAGAGCUCAAGGUGAAUGUCGCUACAACUGGAGAGGGAAAAGCCAGACUUGUUAUGAGAGCAAGAGGAAAUUAUAGGUUAAUUUUGAAUGCCAGUCUCUACGCGGACAUGAAACUGACAAAUAUGGAAAAGCGAGGCAUCACUUUUGCUUGUGUCAAUAGUAUUGGUGAAGGGAAGGAUGGUCUUUCUACGUUUGCUUUGAAGUUCAAGGAUGCUUCCAUAGUGGAAGAGUUCCGUUCAGUUGUCACAGAACAUAAAGCUAAAACAGCUGAGGUUCUGAAGACACCGGAAAAUUCUCCCAAGGCAUCAGAUGAUUAAAGGUGCUCUACUUACUGUCAAGAACGUCUGUCACAUCUGUAGCUGUCAUCUUUUAUUUUUCUCCGGGAAGGUAAAAAAGAUCUUUUUUAGAGUCUGGCUUUACAUGUAAGCCCUUGCGUAGCUAAGUUAGAGUCCUCUAUCCAUUUCCUGUUCUUUAUCUUCAGUAAGCGUUGGCUGAAUAUUCUAAAUUCAUAUCACAUAAUUUAUGUUUCUGGAGACAUGGAACAGCUAAAUAUAGUAUUACUGUUGUUUGUCACAUAAAAUUGCAAUAUUCAGGUUGAAAUGUUCGAAUCUGCUAAAAUAUCUUAUUCUGUCGAGAACUCUGUUGUGUCAUAAAAUCACUUCGUUUCUUUUUCCUGAUUUGGGCCUUUUUAUCUCUUUUAAUUUGCCAACUAUAUGGAAAUGACAUGUCUUCUAUUGAUUAA